AAUGUUCAAAAUAUAUAUAAUAAUAUUACUUCACAUUGGAGGGUUUAUUGUACAUAUGAAUUUUGGGGGAGAGUCUUCCUUUAAGUACACUUUCUCCCAGCGUUGCAAUGGAUGCUAUUUUCAAAUUAACAUUGCCUAAUCUCCAAACAUGUAAUUGAAUUCGCUACCACUGACGCCUUUAGAAGUCAAAUAUCCAUGUUAUCUUGGAAAGCUGGCAGUUAUUAAUAUUUUUGUUUAAUCAUUAAUUUCGUCCGUUGUGGCUACCCUUGAAGUGUCCUCUAAGUUACUAACAGUAAUUGGGGGUGGUAAAUCGUCGCCGAGAGGGUUCAGGCACGCUCCCGCCCUCCCGGUGGCGACGCUGCACGCCCAAAAAGACAUGAAGGAAUUUCCGCUGACGUCACUGCGUAAAUCCAGAGCAAGGUUGCAGCUGUCUGGCAGCAACAACAACAAGCAGCUUUAAUAAGCAACAACUUCAACGCUACAUGACAGCCCCGAAUACGACGAAAUUCCGCAAAAUGUGGCGCUAGAAGCAACUGUCCCCGUCGUCUGUUAGUCCUCAGAGAGCAAUUCUCCCAUUUGUUUUGUUUUUGUCGCAGCAGACUCGAUCACAGUUCUAGCUGCAUCUGGGUCAGUGGGCCCGUCUGCGGUGUUGCCGGUGGUUUUGUAGUUCCUGCGCUUUUCCGCCGUCCUUCCUUCUGUUUGUUGUCGGCAGACAAACGGUGCUAGCAUGCAGGCUAACGGGGCGACGCGGGAGCUAGACCCUGAAGAGUCUCUUAGCCACAACGGUGAGUCGUCGUCUGCCGCCGCCGCUGUCGCCGGGGCAGCUCACUCGAACGGACUUGUGUCAGCCCAGCCUACGUCCAACAACAUCAAUAACAGCUCGGGCGACGUCAAGAAGAAGAAGCGCUUGUCUCCGUCCGAGGAAGACGUCGUCAGGCUCAUUGGACAACAUUUGCACCAUUUGGGGCUCAAUCAGACAGUGGACCUCCUUAUGCAAGAGUCUGGCUGCAGGCUGGAGCAUCCAUCUGCCACAAAGUUUCGAAAUCAUGUAAUGGAAGGAGAGUGGGACAAGGCUGAGAGUGACCUAAAUGAGCUGAAGGCAUUGAUGCAUUAUCAUACUGCUGUAGUGCGCAUGAAGUUUCUCCUGCUGCAGCAAAAGUAUUUGGAAUACCUCGAAGAUGGUAAAGUCUUGGAGGCCCUGCAGGUUCUCAGAGCCGAACUCACCCCUCUCAAGUAUAACACAGAACGCAUCCACAUUCUGAGUGGGUACCUGAUGUGCAGUCAUUCUGAGGACCUGCGAGCCAAAGCAGACUGGGAAGGCAAAGGCACUGUAUCCCGAACAAAGCUGCUGGAUAAACUUCAGUCCUACUUGCCUCCGUCAGUGAUGCUGCCUCCUCGCAGACUGCAAACGCUGCUAAAGCAGGCAGUGGAACUACAACGGGAGCGUUGUCUCUACCACAACACUAAGCUGGACAGUGGACUGGACUCUGUGUCCUUGUUGCUGGACCACGGCUGCAGCCGGAAACAAUUCCCCUGCUACACUCAACAAAUACUUACUGAACACUGCAACGAAGUUUGGUUUUGCAAGUUCUCCAAUGGUGGCACAAAACUGGCAACUGGUUCCAAAGACACUACAGUCAUUAUAUGGCAUGUUGACACGGAAACACGGCAGGUGAAGUUAAUGAAGACUCUGGAGGGUCAUGCAUAUGGAGUCUCUUACUUGGCAUGGAGUCCUGAUGAUUCCCAUCUGAUAGCAUGUGGUCCUGACGAUUGCUCUGAGUUGUGGCUGUGGAAUAUACAGACGGGGGAGUUACGAACAAAAAUGAGUCAGUCUCAUGAAGAUAGCCUUACCAGUGUGGCGUGGAAUCCAGAUGGCAAGCGCUUCAUCACUGGUGGGCAGAGAGGCCAAUUCUACCAAUGUGACCUAGAUGGAAACCUACUGGACUCAUGGGAAGGCAUUCGUGUGCAGUGCCUGUGGUGUUUAGGUGAUGGACGGACUGUCCUUGCUUCUGACACCCACCAGCGCAUUCGUGGCUACAACUUUGAGGACCUGACCGACAGAAAUAUAGUUCUAGAGGACCACCCCAUCAUGUCCUUCACUGUCUCUAAGAAUGGAAGGUUAGCUUUGCUCAAUGUUGCUACUCAGGGAGUUCAUCUCUGGGACCUGCAGGAUCGGGUGCUUGUGAGGAAGUACCAAGGGGUGACACAAGGCUUCUACACCAUCCACUCCUGCUUUGGAGGGCACAAUGAAGACUUCAUAGCUAGCGGUAGUGAAGACCACAAAGUUUACAUUUGGCACAGGCGCAGUGAAUUGCCCAUCGCAGAGCUGACUGGUCACACCCGCACAGUCAACUGUGUAAGCUGGAACCCAGUCCUGCCCGGUCUACUAGCAAGCGCCUCAGAUGAUGGAACCAUCCGAAUCUGGGGACCCGCUCCCUACUUGGAUGUUCAGGAGGCAGAGGGACUCAAUAAUUGUUGCAGCAUGGACAGCUGAUGAUCUCCGACCCCUGGCUUCAUUGGUCUGAAUUUGGUGAGCACUAAGACUCUGGUGACACUUGAUAGGAUGAAGCAAGAAAACCUUUGCGAACUGGACAGCUGGAUCGCGUGUCAGGAGGUCCCACUAACUAACUCAGUUGUGUUUCUGAGGCCACACUUGGAAGUCCAUUAUCUGACACACCUCCCCAUGACUGGAUUCCCACACCUCUUAU